UUUCGAGAUUCGUUCGAAUAAUUUUAAGAAUCGCAAAGAAAUUCCAAAGUUUCUCGUUAAAGAAAUGUCUGUUUUUAUAGAAAAAGACGAUUAUUUAAACUUUGAGAAACCUUAUAGAGAAUUAAUGAGGAUUUUACAAGAGGACGAUGAAGAAAACAUUAAAGCCAAAUUGAAACAAAUCACUAAGAAAGAAUCAUUGGAAGAGAUUGAAUGUUUGAAGAUUCGAAUUAAUUCGGAAGACAGCAUAGUAAGACGUGGGAGCCGUUGGUUACCAUUUUUGAAAAUUCUCAAUCUCACUGGAAGUAAAUUAGACACUCUAAGAAAAUUAGGAACGGAUCUGAAAGCUUUAGAAAUCCUGAUAAUAAACGAUUGCGGCUUAAAUGAUCUGGACGGUAUAGAAAAUCUUUGUAACUUAAAAACGAUACAAGCGACCGAUAAUAAUAUCACAGAUAUAUUUAAUUGCAUAUUUCUUGAUGAAUUGCAAUCUUUAGAUCUUCAGAAUAAUGCAAUAAGUAAAAUAAAAGACAUCGAAUGUUUAACUUUAUGCAAUAAUUUGAAGUCUCUUAAUCUGUUGGAUAAUCCAAUCUGUAAAAUUUUACAAUCUUUAAGAGAAGACAAUGAUAUUCAUAAAUGGAUCUCACGACAGUUGUUACCAAAAUUACAAUAUAUUGAAAAGUUAUCUUUAAGUAGUCUGCUGCUUUCUCAGACAUCUCAUAUUAAAAGUAAUAUCGAAAAUAUUUAAGAACUAUAAUUUCUGUAAUAAAGGAAAAAUAUAAAU